GUGAAGAGUGGGCGUGACGCAGGCAGGCGCGAGCGCUGGUCAGACUCAGGUGAUGAAAUACUGUCACUUCACUUCACCUGCUGCAGUUUCCGCUCGGGACAGAAAACAAGCCCAAUGGCUGAACAGUACACAGAGCUAGAGCUGGCCAUAAACACCUUGGUCAAAAACUUCCAUUCUGCUUCGCCUACUGACGCUGACACGCUCACAGCCCAGGAGUUCCAGAGCAUGAUCUCCAAAGAGCUGCCCACCAUGGUGAAGACCGCAGGGGAUCAGGAAGGACUUAACGAACUCCUGGCGGAACUGAAUGUGGAAGAAGGGAAGGGCGUCACAUUCAAGGACUUUUGGCAGUUGGUUGUUUCUCUGGCCAAUGCUCAGUUUGGAUUGCAGAGCAAAGAGAAACAGGUGAAAUGUAUGAAAUGUAGUCUGAUGUAAGACCAGUCCUGAGCAAACCAGUCCGAUCAACAUUACGUGUACGUCCACCACAGCCCUGAGAAAACACGGCUUAUCAGCAUCUUAUAUUACCCAUCACUCUCUGCAGCACUGUACAUGUCACUCUAUUGGUCUUUUUGGUAGGUCUUAUCAUGAUUAAGUGUUGUGACAGAGCUUCUUGAAUGAAUACCCAACAAGCCCUUACGACAUGAGUAAUCUCUACCAUCAGUGUAACCUGAGCCGCACUUGCCUGGCCAGAUAACAUAAGAUCUACUGGCUCAUUUAUUUCCUCAUUUGUUCAGUUUUUUUUUAAUUAUUAUUAUUAUUUCAACUUGCCCAAUCAUUAGUUUUUAUGUGUUUGAUAUGACAACUGUGAUCAUAUUUUAAGUAACUGUGGGCUGUCUGACAUGCAUUGAAAAAGAGAUCAUGUGAGUCAUAAUAUUGUAGAGGGAAGUAGAGAUGAGACACCACAUAUACUGUACUGUAUUUGACUUUAUGGUAACAUUACAUUUGUUGAUACUAUCAAAUAUAUGCUAAAUGUGUCUGAGUCUGAAUGAUCUAUAAAGUCUAUAGGCAUAAUGAAAACACUUUUUAUAUUAAUUAUUGAUCUACUUACUAAUCCCGAUGUUAAAGUGUCCCAAAGACCAUUUUAAUUUCUAUAAAAUAUAUCAAAACGCUGUCAAGAUGAAGCUUCGUUAUUAUCUAAAUGGAAUCAUAACUAACUAAGUCUUGAUAACAAACCAUUCUACAUCACUUAUGUUUGGGUUCCCAAAGAUAUAAAAAAUAAAAGUAAUGCUGGAACAGAGGAUCCAAAUGUAUUUUUAAUACCGUAUAAUAAGUUGUGAUGUAGGGAAUACCUGUAUUGCAAGCUUUAACUCGUUUCAGUUGAGAAUUGUAACAACUGUUGAUGAACACUAUUUAUUCAAGAGCAAGGAUCUCUAACCACAAAAGCACAACAUCCCAUUGGCUGGAAGAUGCUGGUGCAACUAAUGGCAAUUUGUGGUUAAUCACCUCCAGUAUAUGCUAAGAGUACAGAUACUUUAUAGCUUCUUAAAAUUGGUACACCUUAUUUCUUUCUUUCCUGUCUUUUGCUCCUCAUUCAUAUCUAAGAUCCAUUUAUGUUAACUAUUUAACCACUGAUUUGUGAUUUUUCUCUUUUUGGCACAUUUUUGUGUUCUGCCUUGUACUCAGGGCUUUUGUUACAUAUUAUAAAGGAGCUCUGCAGCUCUGAGCAUAUAAGAACUUUUCAGGGCAAACUUGUUGAAAGACAAUGGUACAUUAAUUCCUUGAAAUAAAUACAAUAUGAAACCAUUUCUACUUUCACUUCCUCCAUUUUCUCUUGUUUAUAUAUAUAUAUAUAUCAGUCAGUGUGAUCCAGAUUUGACUGCAAAGAACAGAGGUACGAGAUGUCUCAUUA